UUUCUUCUCCACUUUUUUGGACAUAUCACUUAUCUAUCUAGACUUGUUAUCUAUAUAAACCUCCAACCCCCACUUUCAUUGCUAUGAAAUGAAACUAAUGUUGAUGGCCAAAAUAUAGAUAGAUGAGGAGAUUUAGGGAUUGAGAUUGCCUUUAGGGUGUAAUUCGGUAUUUGGGAUUUAGAUAUUUGGUAUUGGAAUACCGAUACCGUACCGAUUUUCACUCCUACUUCUAAACACCCAAAUUUAGCUUCCUCUUUCACUUUUUUACUGCAACCCACCCCUCUCAAUUUAGCUCACUUUCUUUUUCAAUAUCUUUCGCAUAAAUCGUACUUAUGUGCAUUCCAAUAUAUUUUGUUCACAUUAUUUUUGUUAUAAUUUUGUUAAAAUAAUUAUGAGACAAAAACAUUUCUGUCAAAAAUAGCCAUUAAUGCAAGACUAGUUUAAAUCACGGUUAUUAUAUAGGUCUAAUUGUUUUUAAGUAUAACAUAUACAAAUGAUUAAGAUGAAAUAACAAGAUAAAGCUGAUGAGGUAAUACUUGAAAAUAAUCAAGAUCAAACACACAAGAUGUCAUUAACAGAAUUGAGGUCGAUAGUAAUACUUUUCAUUCGAGAAUCGCCAUCCCAAAGCCUCACGCCUUUUUGGUUACCACAAAUAGCUUCAUCUUUCGAUAUCGAAACCCAAAUAUUGCACAAGUACUUUCGUUAUUCAGCUUGCCAAUUGACUCCCCUCUCGUUUGACAUUUUUGUUUUGCAAAGAUUUUUUAUUAAUUUGAGAGAAUUUCGGGAAUGCAUACAAGAGAGAACAACUUAAUAUACAGAAAAAAGUUUAUAGUUGUUCAAAUGUGAUUUUUUAUAGGCGUUAGAGUGUGUCCAUUUUUUUGUCUGCAUUAUACCCUAAAUUCAACAGAUAAAUAAAUAAAAAACCUCAAAAAGAGCAGUGAGGAAAGGCCGAGGCAUGUGGUCUGGGGGCGCCUCCCUGCCGCACGUGUGCGCUGCACAGCCAGGCUGCUCACCUCGCUCUCUCGUCUUUGUUAUUCCUCUUCCUUCCAAACCAAAUAUGGUCAUAAACCCGUGUCCCCUUCUCAUUUUUGCCCGACCCUUGGUCUAUUCUUCUCAAAUUUGAGAGGGAUAUUUUUGUUGGAUUGGACUUUGGAGGAGAAAUUUUCUUCCAUUGUUUCAAAUACCCAUAUAUGCACUAUAAAUAAAUUGGAGUUGGUCUAGGUAAUAUGAGAGUGAAUGCAUAUCAACUAUGAAGGCAAAGCUCAAAUUUGGUCUUGUUUGUUGCCCAAAACCAAAAAGCCCACAAGUCGUUGGAGUAGUAGUAGUCAGUCAACAAAAUACCAAAAUAUGAAAACGUAUGGCGAUUUGUGUCGUCAUUGGUCUUCUGCGAAAUAGGAUUCUUCUUCUCUCCUCUUCUUUAUUGAUUAGCCAUCACUCACUCAACUCAACUUCCCCACUUUUUUCUCCCUUUUUUGUUUUUCCAAAUCUUUUGUGAGUAUCCAAAAUUCCAAAAUGACAAAUGUACACCACUACUACACGGCUACCUACUCUUCAACUCCCAACCUUUUUUUUUUCUUUCAAUACUGAAUGAUGCAACUUGCAAUAAUAAAUCGUACUAUACGUCCAAAAACCAAAUAAUAAAUUCGUACUAGGAAAUGCAACAGAGAGAGAGAGAGAAUAAUGCCAUAAUUGCAAAUAAACAAAUGGGAAAAUUCAAUAGAAAUUGUGGAAGCAGAAUUUUUUUUCUUGGUUGUUUGUUUGUUUGUCUCUUGUCUUGGCCCAGUAUGAAUUUUCCUUCUUCUCUUACUUACUGCUAAGCAGGCCACAGCAGAAACCACAGCUGAAGUUGAGUGCAGUGGAGAGUGUGGUGACUGUCAGUAGGGAGUAUAAGGAAAAUUUUGAGAAAUACCCAAUUUUUCCCAUAUUCAUAUGAUGAGUGAUUGUUUUUCUUCAUUAAAUUCCUAGCUAGGUUUGCCUUUUCUUGUCCAUUUUCUGAGCCUGCCCACAUGGAAAACAAGUCACAAAUGGAAACUGAUGCCAUUCAACAAAAGAAGCAGGAAAAAAGGUCAAAGAUAACUGAUGGCCAAAGCCAUUGGUACCGUAUCAAGUCUCUUGAAUAUUCAUCUGAUUGUACAAGUAUCAAUAUUCAAUCAGCUUCAUAUUCUAAUAGGGGUCAAGGACUAACGAUGUUGGACCAUACUUUUAUGAAUCAACAAUUGUAUCGAUUUAACAUACGCAUCUAGAAAUGAGUUAUUGUUACGAACACAAAGACCAAUACCACAAGGGUUGUCAUAAACGCACCAUUUGAGAACAAAUGGUAAUUGAUACAAAAAAAUGUGAAAAGUUGUAGAUACAAAGUAUUUUGAUUUUACAGGAAAUGAAGUUUCGAGGACGAAACAAGUAUUAUGAGAGACCUGUGAAAUAAGAGCGGGUUUCAGAUCAACCGUUCUUGACAAAUUAUCCAUUCCUAAAUUUUAUGAUUGAAAAUUUUUAAUAGAUUCAUGGUCCAAAAUAAUCCCUAUGAUCAAUCAGUUAGUUGGAAUAUAAGUUUAUGAGGAUUUGAAAGUUAGUUCCUUUAAAAAAAAAAGUCGGUUCCUUUUAUCAAAUCAAGGGUAAUACCUAUCCAAAGUUAUCGUUCAAACGUGAAAUCAAUAAGGUAGAUUUAUUUUUACAGUAAGAUAGAAAUUUAAGGUGAAAGAGAAUCUGUAGCCAAGAAACUGUUGUCAAAUUAAUGGGGGGUAAAAAGGGGGAGAAAACAGACAAACAAAAACUGAAAAACCCCUCUUUUCCCCACACAAACAAAGAGCCCCCCAACAACAAGGAAGGAAAAAGUUAUUCAAAAUUAAAGGGAAAGGAAGAAGAAAAAAAAACAUAAAGGCCAAUGAACAUGAAAAGGAUGCCAAAACUAGAAUCCUUUCUCAUUCAUUAUUAUUAAUAUGGCGCGUGAACCUCACUUCCCCAAUCAGCAACGAGUGACAGCCGGAUGUCAGUGCUGAAUCUGCUGAUUUCGUACGGCGGACUGCGGUGGUGUUAUUUCCUUGUAGCAGUUUCAAUCAACACAUAGCCCUUUUAUCUCCUCCUCACGCGCACACUGCACCCGCGUUGCUGGCACGUAGCCUCCUCCCUUUCCUUAUUCCCUUCUCUAGUUCUCCUUGAACUACAUACUAUUCUCUCCCUCUCCCAAUUUGUCUCCUCCCUUUCUCUCUCUACCACAGUUUCCGCUUUUCUCUCUCCUUCUUUGAAAUUCCCAUUACCCCGUUCCCCCCUGCCCUUCCAAAGCUCUCAACUUUUAGGGUCGCCGGCCAUGGACACCCGCCGGGAGAUCAAGACCCGGCAGCCCCCGCCGGCGCCCUUCCCCAAUUAGAAUGCAAACCGACGGAAACACUCAAAGGAGGAGAACAGAAUAAUAAAUAAUAAAAAAAACGGUCCAAAGUUCGCACCUUUAAACCGGAACAAAAACCCUCCCCCAAUUCUCAUAAUAAAGCUCCCCACUUUUCUCACAAUGGCAGCCACCAGCAACAGCGGCGCGGCCGCAGCGACACCCAACAACGCGGCGGAGGAGACGACGGCGAAGGCGGCGCACAAGAGGUACGAAGGGCUGAUGAUGGUGAGGAACAAGGCGGUAAAGGGGAAAGGGGCUUGGUAUUGGGCUCACCUGGAGCCCAUGUUGGUUCACAACGCCGACACCGGACUCCCUAAAGCCGUCAAGCUCCGGUGUUCCCUCUGCGACGCCGUCUUCUCCGCCUCCAACCCUUCCCGCACCGCCUCCGAGCACCUCAAGCGCGGCACCUGCCCCAAUUUCAACUCCUCCCUUCCCAAACCCAUCUCCUCUGUCUCCCCCACCGCCGCUCUGCCGUCCCCUGGCGGCGGUGCAGCCACCAGCCGGAAGCGCUCGGCUCCUUCUGCUCAACAAAGCCCCAAUCUUCCCCCUUCCCCUGCCUCCACCGCGGCCACGUCGUACCAGCUCAGCCCCAGCCCGCUAACCGUCGUGGAUCCGUCCAGGUUCACCGGCGAAUCCGCCGUCAUGCCACAUCAUCAUCAUCAACAACACCACCAGCAGCCGCAUUUGAUGCUGUCCGGCGGAAAAGACGAUUUGGGUCCGCUUGCAAUGUUGGAAGACAGCGUGAAGAAGCUGAAGAGUCCCAAGACUUCUCCAGGUCCAGCUCUGAGCAAAACCCAAAUCGACUCCGCCGUCGAACAUUUGGCCGAUUGGGUGUACGAAUCGUGCGGCGCCGUUUCGUUCUCCAGCCUGGAGCACCCAAAGUUCCGAGCUUUUCUGCACCAGGUCGGGCUCCCGGCGGUCUCCAGGCGCGAUUUCGCCGGUGGGAGGCUGGACAUCAAGUACGAGGAAGCCAGAGCAGAGUCCGAGGCUAGGAUUCGAGAAGCGAUGUUCUUCCAGAUUGCCUCCGACGGCUGGAAGAGGAAAUCGAACUGUAACGCCUCUUCGGUGGACCCCAAUUUGGUCAAUUUGACCGUCAAUUUGCCCAACGGAACGAGUCUCUACCGCCGCGCCGUGUUUGUUACAGGCUCGUCGCCGUCAAGCUACGCAGAGGAUGUUCUGUGGGAGACAGUGAGAGGAAUCUGCGGGAAUGUCGGUCAACAGUGCGCUGGAAUUGUGGCGGACAGAUUCAAGACGAAAGCAUUGAGGAGUCUGGAGAAUCAGCAUCACUGGAUGGUCAAUCUAAGCUGCCAGCUUCAAGGGUUUACGAGCUUGAUCAAGCAUUUCACCAGAGAGCUUCCCCUGUUCAAAUUGGUCGCGGAGAAUUGCGUAAAGGUAGCAACUUUCGUCAACAGUCAACACCAAAUCAGGACCACCUUCCACAAGUACCAACUGCAGGAGUAUGGCUAUUCAGGAUUGCUCAGAGUUCCCUUGCCUGGGUCUAAACAGAUCGAUUUCGCCUCUGUUUUCUCGAUGCUCGAUGAUAUACUCUGUUCCUCCAGGGCAUUGCAGUUAGUCCUUUUGGACGAAUGUUACAAAUUGGUGUUAUCCAUGGAGGAGCCGGAAGCUAGAGAAGUGGCCGAAUUGAUUGGAGAUGUCGGUUUUUGGAACGAAUUAGAGGCGGUCCAUUCUUUGAUCAAGCUGAUCAAAGACAUGGCUAGUGAGAUUGAGGCAGAGAGGCCACUAGUUGGACAAUGCUUGCCGCUGUGGGAAGAGCUGAGGGCCAAAGUGAAGCAAUGGUGUGACAAAUUCAGCAUUUCUGAGGUGGAACCGGUAGAGAAAGUGAUCGAGAACCGGUUCAGGAAGAAUUACCACCCAGCCUGGGCGGCUGCAUACAUACUCGAUCCUCUCUACUUGCUAAGGGACUCGAGCGGGAAGUACCUUCCGCCGUUCAAGUACUUGACGCCCGAGCAGGAGAAGGACGUCGACAAGCUCAUAACCCGGCUCGUCUCGAGGGAGGAAGCUCACAUUGCAUUGAUGGAGUUGAUGAAGUGGAGGACCGAAGGGCUCGACCCGGUUUAUGCACGAGCAGUUCAAAUGAAGGAUCGCGAUCCGGUUAGUGGGAAGAUGAGGCUUGCUAACCCUCAAAGCAGUAGGCUUGUUUGGGAGACUUAUUUGACUGAGUUCAAGUCGUUAGGGAAAGUUGCGGUUAGGCUGAUUUUCCUUCAUGCCACGGCUUGUGGGUUUAAGUGCAAUUGGUCAUUGUUGAGAUGGAUUUGUUGUAGUAGUCAUAAUGGUGGUGGUAGCCAUGGCAGUCAGUCAAGAGCAGCAAUGGAGAAGGCAGAGAAGCUGGUGUUCGUUGCAGCUCAUUCCAAGUUAGAAAGGCGCGAUUUUUCUGCCGAUGAAGAUAAAGAUGCAGAGCUUUUUGCCAUGGGGAGUGCAGAGGAUGAUGUGCUGAAUGAUGUUCUUGUUGAUACUUCCUCAGUGUAACCAUUCUACCCUUUCCCCCCUCUUUUCUUUUGAGUUCUUUAAAUUAUUAGGAUUUAUUGGAUUCUUUCACUUUUGAUUAUUUCAUUCUGGUAUUACUUCUCUGCUUUAGGAGGAAAGGAAGUAAGAAGAGAAAGGGGAAUUUUCUCACUUUGAGUUAUCAUUCCCCAUUCCUUCCUUCUUAAGAUGGAAAUUUUUUGGAGUCUCUUUGAGUUUGCAGCCAAAAAAAAAAAAAAAAAAGAAGAAGAAGACUUCAUUAGAUUUAUAUAUGUAUUUCUAUGUAAAGAUAGCAUCAAUUGAUGUAUGGACCAUUUAUCUAUGAUAUUCAUGCGAUGAUUUAAAUUGAAUUCUUGUCUUGCCGAAGUCCAGUUAUAUAUGUGUCGAAAAGGUUGUAAGCGUUACGAUGAGUUUACAACAUUGAACGACACGACUUUGUGAUAUUAUUAAUGCAUUUUAAUCAUUUAGAUUUAAAACUUAAAACCGUAAUACAAACCAUCCAACGAUGUUAAUUCGAGUUGAUAUAUACAUUUUCAAUAUGAUAGCGAGAUGCGAAGUCUCUAUUAAAAGAGAGAACAAGCUAUAGAUGAAGAUGAAUCUGAAUACAGCCAAUUCCUUGACAUGGAAACUUGUGGGAAUUCCAGAGGGCUUUCUUCUUUCUGUUCUUUUCCCCUCUGCAUUUUUUGCAAGUUCUUAACUAUGUUGCAGAUCUUCCAGGCUAAACCCAAAAGUCAGUCUGCUUUAUUUUGGAUCCUUUCUGUCCUUGAGAAUGUGACAGUAUUCCUAUUCACUUUGACAUUCCAUUCCAAUUUAGUGCAAUUCUCAAUCAGGUAGGAUAAGUGUUGUUUUCAAGUGGAUCUCCUCAACUUCCCUGCUUUCAUUUUCUUAUAUUGAGUUCCUUGAACCAUAAGCAUCAAUCUACCCACCAGCUGCCUUUUCCAUAACUAUCAUUACCAUAUCAUAUCCCCAAUGUGAAUUCCAUGCUUGAUUUCCCCUCCAUUUGUUUAAGAAAGAAGGGGUUUUCAUGAUGUUAGUUCAAGGCAGGAGAACAUAGUUCUAGUGCGGCUCCACGGCUUGGACUGGGAAUGCAUCAGAUGUCUGUUCUCUCCCCUUUUUCAUUUUCAGUAACAUUAGUUAAUUUGGUUACUAGUUACUGUGUUACUGUUGUUAGUUUACCGGAACGAUAAUUGUCAAGUUUCUUUUAGAUAAACUCCUUUAAUCGAUUGUCAUUUGCUAGACAAGAAAGCGUCACAUAUGUGCAGUGCUCAAAGUGUCAACCCUCUGUGCAAAUCAGACUAGGGUUCUUGGGGUCCAAAUUGGGCUUAUAAUCAUUUGUCUUUUUGAAAUUUUUGUAUCGAAAACAAAUGAAGAUGAAUCAUUAACCGUAGAUUAGUGGUUUGUAGAAUACAAAUCAAAACCCAUGAUUAAAGGUGGGAAUAUGAGUUUGAAAUGGUUGUUACACAGAGGGAAAUCAUUUCCCUUUAAUGAGCAAUCUGAUCUUAGUUCAACGGAGGUCAAAUUUUGCCCAAUUGUGUUUCUGUGGGUCAAAACAAAAGAACCUUGGUGAGAGGACCAGUAGACAGUAGUACACUGUUCUUCUGUCAUGUUGUUGAUGUAGGUGGAAGGAAGGAAGGAAGAGGGCACUUGUCUUUGUAUGAAUCUUUGUGUUUUUGUCGACCUCAAUCUCUACAAAUCUGUAUCUCUCUUUCCUUUUUCUCUUUUCAAAUUUGGUUUGGAGGGAUUGGGAAGGUGGAGACCCACCCAUGGCAGAAGUGGAAGUCAAUUUCUUGCAAAGUUCUUUGUUAUCAUGGUGGGGGUAGAAAGAAAGAAAGAAAGAAAAGAAAAGAAAAGAAAAGAAAAGAAAAGAAAGGACAAUUAGCUAGCUAGCUAGCUAUUGUGUUUUUCUCAAUGAGAAGUAUAUGUUCGACCUUUGUAUGAUACGUUGAAAAGCUAAUGGUAUAAGACAUUGAGGUAUUAUUGUUUGUUUGUGAGAUUUGAGUUAUGGAUUUACGUUUUAAUCCUAAUUAUUAUGGACUUAACAUAAAUUUAUUGUUUGAUGAGACAUACAAAAUUUGUGGGAUCCACGGAUUUGAACAUUUUUUUAGAUCCGAAUCCGUCCACGGAUUUGCAAAUCCCACAUUUCCUUUGGGAUUUGAUUACGAAAGGCAAAAAUUUGAGACCCUUAAUGUAAAAACAUUUAAAUCCAUAAUAAAAUAUCAACUAAACAAAAAAAUGAGUUCUCAAACUUAUAAUUUGAUAAUGGCAAUUCAAAAAUUCUUAUCAAAAUAAUGGAUUGUGAAAAAAUGCGUAUGAAAUGACAAUGUGCCAACCCAUAACUUAUUAUUUUUUUAUUACCCAGGAACCUCAGCUCCACGUGCACUUUGUAAAAGCGAGCACACUAAACCUGGGGGCCAUCUGCAAUCAAUUUCGACGCCAACGGGCCUCACUUGAAUCGAUUCCAGUCGCAACAUUUUUACCAUUAGGCUAUCUUACUUUUCGGUGAAGUGUUUCUUUAAAAUUUCUUGGUUUUGUUAUCCCUAUCUAAUCCAUCAUUUUCUUCGUGGGUGGUAAGUGGUAACGUCUCUUUUAAACAUUCCAACAAAGCCUCAAGUGACGUUUCAUGCAGAGGAAGAUUGGGUAAAUUUCUCCUCUACUUCCACCCUUAUUGAUCGCCAUUAUUGCAACAAAGGUUGUUUCUCGAGGACCCAAUAAACAAAAGUGAAGGUU